UGCUGGUUCAUGAGAGAGAGGGAUACAGGAACUGCUAGGGAUAAGGAAUCUUACAUUACACCGGGCCCGGGAGGUUGAAAGAGAAACAAAGACAGGGGUCCUCUCACUAAAAUCGCUGUAGAAGAAAGUACAGAGAGAUUUUUGUCUCCCUAGCAGAGUCACAGGGAAGGCAAAGAGAGACAACAGCCCCCUUGUAGGGCAGUGACAGAAAGUAAUGGACAAUGCAUAAGUGAAGCAAAAAAAGAAAGUUUUUUUUAGGGUAAAUUUACGACAUUUGAAUGUGCAUGUUCAGCACUCUGGUGGGACUUUGAGGAUAGUUCAAUUGAUUGUUCAGUUUUAAACAACCAACGUGGCGCAUAUCGACUCCAUGAAAGAUGACAGAGGAGGUCAUUGUUAUUGCCAAGUGGGAUUAUACGGCACAACAGGACCAAGAACUUGAUAUAAAGAAAAAUGAACGUUUAUGGCUGCUAGAUGACUCGAAAACAUGGUGGAGGGUGCGAAAUGGUGCUAACAAAACAGGAUAUGUGCCAUCAAACUAUGUGGAACGAAAGAAUAGUUUAAAAAAGGGAUCGCUGGUUAAAAAUUUGAAAGACACGCUGGGUUUGGGCAAAACAAAAAGGAAGACAAGUGCUCGAGAUGCCUCCCCCACACCAAGCACUGAUGCAGAGUAUCCAUCCAACGGAAGCGGUUCAGACCGGAUCUAUGACUUAAACAUUCCAGCUUAUGUUAAGUUUGCAUAUCUUGCUGAAAGAGAUGAUGAGCUGUCUCUGGUUAAAGGAUCUCGGGUGAUGGUGAUGGAAAAGUGCAGUGAUGGCUGGUGGCGUGGGUCACACAAUGGACAGGUUGGAUGGUUUCCAUCAAACUAUGUUGUGGAGGAAGGGGAUGAAGCAACAGCAGAUUCCCCCAGUUUUCUUAGUUUGAGAAAAGGAGCAUCUAUGAGCAAUGGGCAAAACACUAAAAUACUCCACAUUGUUCAGACACUUUAUCCAUUUAGUUCUGUUACUGAAGAAGAGCUUAACUUUGAGAAAGGAGAGAUUAUGGAGGUGAUUGAAAAACCAGAAAAUGACCCUGAAUGGUGGAAAUGUAAAAACUCAAGUGGACAAAUUGGCCUUGUUCCCAAAAACUAUGUUGUAAUUUUAAGUGAUGGCCCUUCCAUGAACAGUUCACAUGUAAAUCAGAUAAGCUACACAGGGCCUGCUUGUACGGGACGUUUUGCAGGGAGACCAUGGUAUUAUGGGAGUGUUACACGCCAUCAAGCUGAAUGUGCCCUGAAUGAAAGAGGAGUUGAAGGAGAUUUCCUUGUUAGAGACAGUGAAUCUUCGCCUAGUGACUUUUCCAUAUCAUUGAAAGCAUCAGGAAAGAACAAACACUUUAAGGUGCAGCUGGUGGACUCUGUGUAUUGCAUUGGGCAACGACGAUUUAAGAACAUGGAUGAAUUGGUGGAACAUUACAAAAAAGCCCCUAUCUUCACAAGUGAACAUGGAGAAAAAUUAUAUCUAGUUAAAGCACUACCGUGACAGCAAACUUAAUAAAGGCCUAGGUCACUCAGGCCUUUUCAACUACAAGCCUUAGUUCCAAUAAUACUUCCAUGGAACAGAGCCAUCCCUACAAUGGAAGCAAUUUUAAAAUAUUGGCUACACAAUACCACAGACACUCUUACAUUGUUAUUUUAUCUUUUUUAUUUGUGUGUUUAUGUCCUUUCUGUUUGUAAGUCAUCUUGCCCUCAGGUUAAACACCUCACUCAAUUGUAAGCACUCACUGUCAUGCCUUGGUUCUAAGUCUCCUAUUUGGCAUAUGUUUACAGUACAUAGCUAGUUGUGGCUAGCAAUAAAAUAAGUAGGAGUCAACUUGAAACAGUGUUAAUGUACUCUAAAUUGUAUUAUUAUGUUAAAAAAAAAGUGUAUUGAAAUAUAUUAGGCACAGCUGAAAUGCACUGAUGCUGCAGCAUUUUCAUUAUUGUAGACAAACUCCUAACAGUUGUAGCCACAAGUUUUGUAGCCUUGUUGCUUACCAGGUAGUUUACUCGAAACAUUCAUAGAUUAUAGAAUCACACUGUAAAGUACUCUUCAACAACAAUAUUUGUCAACCUCCAUAAAGAGUACAUAAAGUGAUGUAGCAGUACUUUAUAAAUGACUUUGGUAAUUAUGGAUUGUAGCAAAUAGUGUAUUGGAUAUAUAAUUACUACAAAAAUAGCAAGUUUGUGAGCAAAGACUCCACAGUUUUCAUCUAAGAUAACCAAAUGUGCCAUCCACACAUUUUCUCUUGCUUGUUAUAGUUAAACAAAUAUGUAUUUCAUUCUGAAGUAAUAUGUAUGUUUAGCUGAUUGUCAGCGCUAAUUAUACAGAGAGAAUAAAACAGAUCUUUUUGAAA